AGUAUCGACAUCCCCGCAUCAAGCCGACCAACAAACAUAGUUCUCAUGCUCUAGGCAUGACAAACCACGAAAGGGUCUUCAUACCAAGCAGUUAUCGAUUUCUCAAGUUUGCCAUAUCACCACAAGCUUUACUUACCCAUCUCCGCGCCCCACGGCCCGCACAUCCAGCCAAUAAUCCGCGAUGUCAUCCUCAGGGGUCUUAGACACACACAUCCAUCUAUGGCCUUCAACAGCCACCUCAUCUUCAAAUCAUGGCUGGAUGUCACCAGGCCACCACCUCGCUAAGAGACACGGCAUAUCUGACUACCUCACCAUCACGUCCCCCCAACCUUCCGGUUUCAUCUACGUAGAAACCGAUCGGUAUCUUCCUUCCGCGGAACCUCCAAGCAUUAACGAAUCAGACAACGACGAAGAUGUAAAAGCCAAGCUGCGGACGUGGGCGAAGGAGCCCUUGGAGGAGCUCCGUUUUCUGGCACGAAUCGUGGAGGGAAAGCCAGAGGAGGGCGAUGGGUUUGUAGAGAGUGAGGCAAAGAAGAUGAAGGGAUGUGUGAUCUACGCUCCAUUUCAUUGCGCUCCGCGCGUUUUCAAGGCUUAUCUUGAUGUUGCAAGGGAAGUGGCCGGACCGAAGCUGUGGCAGUAUGUUAAGGGCUUUAGGUACUUGUUGCAAGGGAAAGGAGACGGUGUUGUUGCGAAGAUGUUACAAGAGAGCGAGGAGAGUUGGAUCCAGAACCUUUGCGCGCUGAAAAGAUUAGAAGGAGGUUGUGAGGCGUGGUGCUUUGAUGUGGGUGUUGAUACACAUAGGGAUGGAGAGGAACCGAUGAAGGCGGUUGGUAAGUUGAUUGCAGGACUAAGGCAGUACGAGGAGAAGGAGGGGCAUGAGAAUCGCGUGAAGUUCGUGCUGAAUCACCUCGCCAAACCCCCUCUGUCACCCGACCCUACACCCCCGUCCGACGUCUGGCUCCAAACCAUGACGUCUCUCUCCUCGGAUAAGGCCAUCUUCAUGAAACUGUCCGGCGCUUUCAAUGAGUUCACUGUUUCGCCGACGCCAUCAGAUGUACCAACGCUCUUGACUGCCCUUACGCCUUUCCUAAAUCACAUCUUCCAGUGUUUCCCAGGAAGAGUCAUGUUCGGAAGCGACUGGCCGGUGUGCAAUGUGGGUGGGCCAGCAGGCGAGCAGGGAAGUUGGAAGCUCUGGAGAGAGGUAGUGAAGACGUGGAUGGAUAGGAAGGGAUACGUAGAAGAGGAGAAGCAGAAGGUCUGGAGAGAGGCUGGGGAAGAAGCAUAUGGCGUAGCAUUGUGAAGAAGCCUAUGUAAGCGGCUCCUAAAUGGAUUCUAGUGACGAAAACAUGAAUGCAUGAAGUCCUUGUGCACAUGUACCGAUCGAAUCGAUUAAGAUAAAGUCACAUUCAACAUCAAGUUACA